CUACUGUCCUACUUUAUGACAUUUACGUUAAAAAGGAGGACAUAAACAGUGUGUCCCAUUUUAACAGAUUUCAAGUUAUAGUUUGAUUUGUUAAACUGGACUUUUACAGAGGACUAUUUAGAAAUUUCAAUCAUGACUGAAGUACUAGUACCAGAUGCUGGAGGUGCCACAACUAAAAUGGUGGAUGUUGGAGGAUUUAUUCAACCGCUAUUUAUGAAAACACCCGCAGAGACACAAAAAGUAUUCGAAAGUGUCCCGACAUUCAAGUUUCGAAAAGAUGAUUUGAUGUUGUGCACAUUUGCUAAAACAGGCACUAAUUGGAUGUAUGAGAUUUUGAUGAUGAUUCUGAACAAAUCAGCGGAGAGAGUACAAUCAAACAAAGUAUUAACAAUGCUGGAAUGUGUAUCCGCCGAGGAAGCCGACAAGCAACCGUCACCUAGAGUAGUUAACUGCCAUUACCCACCAAGGUACCUUCCUCUGGAUGAUAUGAAGGCCCAGCAAAUUAAAACAGUAUUAUGUCUACGUAAUCCAAAAGACACGGCCGUGUCAUAUUAUAAUCAUAUGAAGGGUAUAAAAAUGUAUGAAUACGAAGGUAAAUGGGAAAACUGGAUACCAGGUUUUGCUGAAGGAAAAUAUGAAUACGGGAAGUACAGCGCCUAUUUGUUGGAAUGGCAGCGUGAGGUUGAAAAACAAGAAUAUCCACUACAUGUCAUGUUUUAUGAAGAUUUGAAAAUGAAUGGAAAAGAAGAACUAGACAAACUGUUGAAGUUUCUUGAUCUACAGUUAGACGACAAGCUGAAAUGUGACAUCAUUGAUAUGUGCGGUUUUGAGAAAAUGCAAAAUGAUAAAGGAAAAGACAAAAUGGCGGACGCUUUUUUCAGGAAAGAUUUUAAAUUCUAUAGGAAAGGUCAAGUUGGUGACUGGAAGAAUUGGUUUACUGUUGCACAGAAUGAAAUGUUUGAAGAUAUCUGGAAGAAAGACACGAAAGACUUGACAAUGUUUAAAUUUAAACAUGACAGUGCUUGAUAUUUCAUGUACAUGUGCUCAAAGCAAUGGUGAAUUAUAUCUCCAGGUGAAAUUUUCACUAGAUAUGUUAAUCAAUAUUAUUUUACAGUACUGUAUAGUGUGAAAACAUUCUUUUAAAUAAACGGCAAAACAACAGGAUUUUAUGGAAUUCCAUCAAUAUGGAAUGCGUCGUCUUAAUAAAACACAUUUAGUAAUUAAAAUCUUAUGCGUUGACCUAUCAUACUGUAGACUUAAGUGGUUGAAUUAAAAUUUUAGAAGUACU